GAUCUGUACAAAGAGGCCAUGAUGGAGGAGCACCAGCCUCUUAUAUCACAGGAAAAUCCCAGUAAGAAAUAUGAAAAUGUCAUGUUACCACUAGAUGAAGAUAUCAUGCAGCGCUCUUCAGGAGAAAACCUCAUUACCCUUAAUGUACAUCCAGGACUUCACAGUACAGAUCUGUCAAAAAAUCCUCCUAAUUAUGAGGUACCUUCUCCUGACCAAUCACAGAUUGUUACCGCAAGUACAAGUCAGAAAAGGAUUAAAGGGUUUCAUUGUGGUGAGAAAGAAUCCACAAACAGCUCAGGACUUUCUACACACCAAAGACAUCACAAAGGAGAGAAAAUGUAUUCGUGUUCACAAUGUGGGAAAUGUUUCACAUGGAAAUCAAUUCUUGUUAUACAUGAGAGAAGACACACAGGAGAGAAGCCAUAUUCAUGUUUAGAAUGUGGGAAAUGUUUUAGACACAAAUCACAUCUUGUUACACAUAAGAGAAGUCACACAGGAGAGAAGCCAUAUUCAUGUUCAGAAUGUGGGAAAUGUUUUACACAGAAAUCAAAUCUUGUUAAACACCAGAGAUUUCAUACCGGAGAGAAACCAUAUUCAUGUUCAGAAUGUGGGAAAUGUUUUACACAGAAAGCCAAUCUUAUUAAGCAUGAGAUAAUUCACACUGGGGAAAAGCCAUAUUCAUGUUCACAAUGUGGGAAAUGUUUUGCGCAAAAAUCAGAUCUUGUUAGACAUGAGAGAAUUCACACUGGGGAAAAGCUGUAUUCAUGUUCACAAUGUGGGAAAUGUUUUGUGCAAAAAUCAGAUCUUGUUAGACAUGAGAGAAGACACACAGGAGAGAAACCAUAUUCAUGUUCAGAAUGUGGGAAAUGUUUUGCUCAAAAAUCACAUCUUGUUAAACAUGAGAUAGUUCACACUGGGGAAAAGCCGUAUUCAUGUUCAGAAUGUGGGAAAUGUUUUACGGAAAAAUCAGGUCUUGUUAAACAUGAAAGGCGUCACACAGGAGAGAAGCUGUAUUCGUGUUCAGAAUGUGGGAGACGUUUUUCAGAUAAAUCAAAUCUUCUAAAACAUAAGAAAAGACACACAGGAGAUAAGUCAUAUUUAUGUUCAGAAUGUGGGAAAUGUUUUAUAUAUGAAUCACAUCUUAUUAGACAUGAGAGAAUUCACACAGGAGAGAAGCCAUAUUCAUGUUCAGAAUGUGGGAAAAUGUUUUCACGAAAAUCAGAUCUUGUUACCCAUGAGAGAGGUCACACAGGAGAGAAACCAUAUUCAUGUUCAGAAUGUGGGAAAUGUUUUACACAAAAAUCUAGUCUUGUUAAACAUCAGAGAUUUCAUACAGGAGAGAAGCCAUAUUCAUGUUCAGAAUGUGGGAAAUGUUUUACACAAAAAUCAAAUCUUCUUACACAUGAGAGACGUCACAAAGGAGAGAAGCUAUUUUCAUGUUCCGAAUGUGGGAAAUGUUUUUUGCAAAAAUCAGAUCUUAAUACACAUGAGAGAAUUCACACAGGAGAGAAGCCAUACUCAUGUUCAGAAUGUGGAAAACAUUUUACCCAGAAAUCAGCUCUUGGUAAACAUCAAAGAAGUCACUCCGGGGAGAAGCCAUAUUCAUGCUCAGAAUGCGGAAAACAUUUUACAUGUAAAGCACAUCUUGUCAUACAUGAGCGAAGUCACACAGGAGAGAAGCCGUAUUCUUGUUCAGAGUGUAGGGAAUGCUUUACAGAGAAAUCAAGUCUUGUUAUACAUAAGAGAAGUCAUACAGGAGAGAAGCCAUAUUCAUGUUCAGAAUGUGGGAAGUGUUUUACAAAUAAAUCAAAUCUUGUUAGACAUAAAAGAAGUCACACAGGAGAGAAGCCAUAUUCAUGCUCAGAAUGUGGAAAAUGGUUUACGCGGAAAUCAUACCUUGUUAAACAUCAGAGAGUUCACACAGGGGAGAAAUCACAUUCUUGUGCAGAAUGUGGGAAAUGGUUUGGACAAAAAUCAGAUCUUGUUAGACAUGAGAGAGGUCACAGAGGAGAGAAACCAUAUUCAUGUUCAGAAUGUGGGAAAUGUUUUACACGGAAAUCACAUCUUAUUAAACAUCAGGGGGUUCACAGAGGAGAGGUAUAGUGUUCAUGUUCAGAAGGUGGGAAAUGUUUUAGACUAAAAUCAGAUCUUGUUACACAUGAGAGAAUUCACACAUGAAAGAAGCAGAUUUCUCAUCUUUAGGCUACAUGCACCUUGUGCUGUCCGAAUCAGUAUGUCCAUUUCGUAGCCCCGCAAAAAAAAUAGAGCAUGUCCUAUUCUUGUCCGUUUUAGGCAUUGUUACAAUCUAUACGAAUGUCAUCUUUUUAUUUUUUUUUGCGCACCGCAAAACACAUAUGGUCAUGUGCAUGUAGCCUUAAGAUAUUCGGUUUAGAGAGAAAUAAAUAUCUAAAACUGGUUUUGCGUCUGAUUCAGCCGAAUCUCCCACACAACUAGCAUUGGGUAGUCUUAUUUCCUAAUUUUAGAUUCGCUUUUCUCUAAUUAGAUUAUUUAUGGACCUUAAACGGCCAGUAAGAAGGUUUAUUUCUUGGGUAGGAUUAUCCUGGAUCUCUCCAACGACCAAACUAUAUACCGAGUCAACUGUUACCGGAAUCCAUAGAAACAAAGUAUUGUCCCUAUGAACCUUGCUUCUCAUCCCUGUAUUCAUACCUCCACCCACACUGCGGGAGAAUCCAGAGUGACAUGGGGGAAAAUAACAACACUCCAUAUAAUUGUUUUAUGGUGUAUGUGGACAUAUUAAUAUUUUAUCUUCAUUCAAACAGUAUUUAAUGAUAAAAUAAAAUCUU